AGGAGGGGAGGAGAAGCGGCGCGGGAGAGAGGGGAGGGGGGACGGCGUAUGCUUGUAUACAACAACCCCGAUUUCCAUUUUUUUCCCAACUCGUAAUGUAUUUAAUUCAAGUGAAACGUAAUCAUGACGUGUCGUGUCAUUAAUCUGCUCGCCGCCUCUCCCAGCAUGGAUUCGCCUCCGGAGUCUGUGCUGGUGCUGUCCUGUGAUCCCGCCCCUGCCUCCCCCACCCUGCCCUCUCUGGACCACAGCCCCCUCGUCCUGCCCCCCCCCUCCCUCUCCCCCCUCCCCCAUCAAAACCCAGACGAUGAGGAGGAUGAGGAGGAGGAGGAGGAGAUGUCCCUGCCUUCCUCCCCCACCCCUGCGGUGGCCCUGUUCCCCGGGGGGCAGGAGGAGUCCAGCCCAUCUCCAGAGAGCCCCGCCCCGGACCCCCCGCUGGGGUUCGGGGCGCUGGAGCAGGCCCUGUCUUCCACACAGGACCCCUCCUGCAGCGAGGAGCUGGACCUGCAGCUCUUCCACAACGGACGGCCGGGGCGGGAGGGGGGCGGGACGGGGGGCGGGGCGGAGGGCGGGGCGGGUGAGGGCCUGGCCCUGCGCUUCCCCUGCAAGGUGUGUGGGAAGAGGUUCCGCUUCAACAGCAUCCUGUCACUGCAUGCGCGCGCUCACCUGCUGGAGCGGGACAGGGCGCUCGCCUGCCCCCACUGCCCCUUCCGCACCCCCCACCGCGCCCGCCUCACCGCCCACCUGCGCACGCACCAGAGCGCCACGCCCGCCAUGACCCCGCCCCUCAGCGAGGACCCUGCCCCCUCGGCGGCGUCUUGCUUCCGUUGCCACGCCUGCAAGGGGAAGUUUCGCACGGCCUGCGAGCUGUCCCGCCACGUCAGCAUCCUGCACAACCCGUACAAGUGCACCCUGUGCCCCUUCUCCGCCAGCCUGGAGGAGGCGCUGGCCUCUCACCUGCAGGAGAGCCACCCCGCCCAGGAGCCGCUGGCCCCGCCCAGCCCGCCGCCGCCGCCUGCCUUCCGCUGCGAUACCUGCGGCCAGCGCUUCACGCAGUCCUGGUUCCUGAAGGGACACAUGCGCAAGCACAAGGACUCGCUCGACCACAAGUGCCAGGUGUGUGGCCGCGGCUUCAAGGAGCCCUGGUUCCUCAAGAACCACAUGAAGGUGCAUCUCAACAAGCUGGGGCUGCGGGUGGGUGGGGCGGGAGGCGGGGCGGGAGGCGGUGACCACAGCAAGCCCCCGCCCGCCGGCCAGGCCUUCAGUGCGCUCUACUCCAGCCUGCUGUUGUCCCGCGGAGGUGGCGGCACCAGCGGGGGCGGGGCGCGGGCGGGGCCCGGCGAGGCCGGGGAGCCCAGUAAAGCCUCGCUGCUGGGGUACCUGGGGUUGCCGGGCGACGGCGGCGCCAGCUGCAUGGAGAGGCUGCAGGCGGUGGCGCAGGUGGCGGAGAGAGGCGGGGCUGGCUCUGGGGGCGGGUCUGGGGGCGGAGCCGGGCAGGCUGCCGUCUGGCACCUGGUGGCCCGCAGUCUGGCCGCAUCCCAGCAGAGCCAGCUGCCGCCCAAGGCCAGGCCACGCGCCCACAGGAGCUCGGUGGCGGGCGAGGCGGAGCAGGUGCGGGCGUACCUGGGCGGGCUGCGGUCCCGGGACGAGCCGGCCGCCCCGCCCUGGGAGUGUCCGGACUGCGGGAAGCUGUUCCGCUCCCUGCAGCAGGCCGUGGCACACGCGCGGGUGCACCUACAGAGGCCGCCGAGGGAGGAGGGCAGGAAGGGCGGGGAGGCGGGGGCCGAGCCCCCCAAACCCCCCACCGCCGCAGCCUUCCACCACAACACCCCUCACCUCCCGGGGAAAGCAGGGCAGAACGGCCUGCGUGCGGGGACUGCAGGGGGCCCCGGGGCCCGGGAGCGGGUUCGAGGCACAGGGAUGAAGGACUGUCCCUACUGCGGCAAGGCCUUCCGCUCCUCUCACCACCUGAAGGUGCACCUGCGAGUCCAUACAGGAGAGAGGCCAUAUAAGUGUCCUCACUGUGACUAUGCUGGAACGCAGUCCGGCUCGCUGAAGUACCACCUGCAGCGGCACCACCGGGAGCAGCGCGGCUGCAGCACCCUGUCCCCCGGCCAGGGGGCGCCGGCCGAGCGACACAGCCAGCAGUGGCGAGAGCGCCGGCCGGGCGGGGCGGGGAGCGCCGAGGGCUUCCAGUUCCCCGCGGGGCCCGCGGGAGGGCGAGGCUGGGCAACGCAGCCCAAACUGCCCAAAGCGUCCCGCCGCAAACCCCUCACCACCAGCCGGCUGGCCCCGCCCGGCGGCCGCCCCGCCCCCGACGGCUUCGAGCCGCUGGACCUGUCCCGCCGUCCCCCGCUGGGGCAGGGGUGCGAGGAGGAGGGGGGCGCCGUCACCCUCAGCCAGUGCCUGUUCUGCCCGUUCCGCACCUCCUCGGCCGAGCUCAUGGCCAUGCACCUGCAGGUCAACCACACCAGCAAGUCCCGGCGCAAGCGAGCACCCCCGGGUGAUCCCGCCCCCCCGGGCAACCCAGCCCCGCCUGCCCUCUGGAAGUCCUGGAGGGGUAACACCCCGCUGACUGACUGGGCCACCAGCAGGGCGGCGACAGCCAACGGCUUCACACAGGAGGACGGGGGGCCCAAGAACGGCCACAGUGCGGACCCCGCCCCCGGCCCCGCAUACACCUGUGAGGAAGAGGAGGAGGAGGAAGAGGAGGAGAUGGAGGGGGAUGGGGAGGGGGUAGAGAUCUCUGCCCUGGAGAAGCACCCCCCCCCAACCCUCCACAGCUUGACUGAGUGAAGGAGGCCAGCCCGAAGCAUGCGUCUCAGCCUGUGACUGACAGCACCAUUCCAGAGUCCACCAGCACCCCCACCCCUCACGCCACACC